UUCUAAAGCCUAUUCUCUCCUUUCUACAUUACCCUUAUCUUAUCUCUCUCCCCAGAGAAAGAAAAUGACCUUUUCCAUGGAAAUUGCAAAGCGUCGAGUAUGAACAAUGGCUGUUAUCUGAAUCAUCAGUUGGCUUUUAUCUCAUUGAAGAAGAAGCCUUGCUCAAGAUAAUGUACCACGGCGGCUACACUGCUGAAAUUACAAGCUUAUCUCCAAAAGCUACGGAGAAGGAUGUUGUUGACUUUUUCGCCUAUUGUGGUUCAAUCCAGCAGGUUGUAAUUAUCAGAUGCGGGGAUGACGCUUGUACAGCAUAUGUGACAUUUGAAGAUCCACAUUCGCUGCAGACUGCGCUUUUACUCGGUGGAGCUACAAUCGUUGAUCAGUCUGUAUGCAUAUCAAGGUGGGGAUCGUACAUAGACGAUGCAUAUCCUUUGGAUGGUUCGACAUGGAUGCCUCGAGACAAUACUGGCUCAACGCAGGUUACUCGUGUGGACCAAUUUGUUUCGACGCCCGGAGAAGCUGUAACUGUUGUCAAAACGAUGAUGAGGAAGGGAUAUGUUAUGGGCAAAGAUGCCGUUAUGAAGGCCAAAGAGCUGGACGAAUCCUAUCGGCUCUCAGCUAUUGCAGCAGCCAAAGUCGCUGAGCUUAGCAAUAGAAUCGGCCUUACCGAAGACAUCAACACCAGCAUGGAAACCAUAAAAUAUGUGGAUGAGAAGUAUCAUGUUUCGGACAUCACCAAGUCCGUUGCAUUAGUUACCGGGACAGCAGCCCUAAUGGCGGCGUCUAUUACCGGGAGAACUGCAGUAGCUGCUGCUAACGCUGUAGUCAAUAGCAGCUACUUCUCCAAGGGGGCGCUUUGGGUUUCCGAUAAGUUGAAAUGUGCUGCUCAAGCUGCCGCCGAUUUUGUUAGCCAUGAAAAUACUUGAACAAAAGCGUAAAGUUCGUUAUUUGCAUAAGAGUAACAAUAUGUCUUUUAUUAUGCGAGAUUUUUGAGCG